AACUUUCUCACAACAGAAGUGAAAAUAAAUCCAUUAUAGUAUUCUAAAACUUAAAACAUCGGAAAAACACAAAAAUCAAUUUUUGUACGAACAGAGACUGGACACAUGAACUUAUAUUAGGUUUGCAGUAGAAUACAGAACUAAUCCAUCUAUUUACCACGAUGCGUUUUAUUGUUUCGAUUAACUCACUCAGUUUAAUUCUCAGGUAAAGGCACAAUUGCCAGCCGUAUAGUGAAAACUUAUGGUAUGCCUCAUAUUGUUGUCGGUGAUUUAUUACGUCAUAAUAUACAACAAAAAACAGAAUCGAGUAGAACAAUCAAAGAACAUAUAGAUAAAGGUCUUUUACUGCCAGAUGAUUUAGUUCUAACAUUUGUUGUUGAUGAAUUGAAAAAGUUAGGUGACAGAGGAUUUCUUCUCGAUGGUAAGAUGUUUAAUGUCUAUAGAUCAACAAAUAUACCAUUGUUGAUUUUACUAGGCUAUCCUCGUACAAUUAAACAAGCUG